UAUAGCUAUACUGCAGCCUUGUGUUUUCAGAGCAUCAGUGCGCUCCAGGCCAGCAGAGCGCAGUAGAGCUCACAGAUCCAACAUCAGUCUGUUAGUAGAGGAAGACCAUUGUUAGUUGACGGUGGACACUGUAGGUUCAAAACAAACUGACAAUCGACAGAUACAUAGGCUUUAACUGAAGAACCAAAAGCGUUAACACAUCCCGUCCAAAAUGGUUAAUGUCUUGAAAGGAGUUCUCGUUGAAUGUGACCCAGCUAUGAAGCAAUUUCUUCUAUAUCUGGACGAGACGUCAGCAUUGGGGAAGAAAUUUAUCAUCCAGGAUUUGGACGACACACAUGUUUUCAUCCUAGCUGAAGUUGUGCAGAUUCUCCAGGACCGAGUAGGAGAACUGAUGGACCAGAAUUCAUUCCCCGUCACCCAGAAAUAAAUGUCUGAAUCUGACAGCAGACCUUACAAUCUGUGGGAGCAGAUGGAUGUGGAGAUUCUUUCAGCACAAUUGCACAAACGCAGAUGCAACUAAAAUAUAUAGAUGACUGGCUACCAGGAUGAUGCCUGUUAUUCUUGUUUUAGUUUGACUGUGUUGCAUACAUUUUUAAUCUGACAGAAUGACAUGCUUUAUGUUACAUAUGUUUUAAAGACCGCUUCUUGAAUCUUUGCUGUGUUCUGACAGCUUGGUCAACGAAUUGUGUUUUGCAUGGAAAAUUGCAUUAGCUGCAGAAAGAAACAAUGUUGUUGUUUUUUUGUUUUUAAUUUGUACACAAACUGAAAGCAGAUGGUUGAUGACAGUGUGAUUUUAUAUACAUGCAAAAUAUACAAGCAUCAAAUAAAAAAAACCUUAAAAAACA